AUGGAGAAGGGGGCGCCGCUCACAAAGGUGUGUGUGGCCGACACCGUUGUGCAGGCGUGCCUCGCGCACGCUUUGACAACAGAACAGGAGGAGGUGAUGGGCGUGCUGCUCGGUGAGGUGACGGUGCACCACGCCACUACCCCCGCCGUUGCCGCCGCUUCGCCAACGUCAUCGCACACGGGCACUGCUGCCGCCAGGCAAACAUUGCACAAACGCGCCAAUGUGUGGGGCUCGUGGAUCCUCCAGCGCAGUGUGCGGCGGUCAGACCGUGUGGAGAUUGCACCGGAGAUGCUCGCCAGCGCUACUGAAGAGGCAGAUCGCUGCACGGAGGAUAUUGGAUGCCCUACACGUGUCAUUGGUUGGUAUCACAGCCACCCCCGCAUCACGCCGUACCCGUCGCAGGUUGACCUCCGCUCACAAGAGACAUAUCAGAUGCUCGAGAGCGGGUGGGUGGGGCUCAUAUUUAGCGUUUUCUAUAGCGACAUGUCAAACCGAAAUGCUGUGUCCAUGCAUUGCUUCCAGACAGGCCCAGGUGGGACGCACGAAAAGAUCGACGUGGAGGUUGUUCCUGUUUCUAAGAUGCCAGUUCGCGCACUCCCACCGUGUGACGUCACGCACCGCCUCCUGCAUAUAUUUCGCGCUGAGGUGAGGGCUGCUGUGGAGUUGGUGCGGCAGCGGUGUAAAGGUGCACCUGACGCAAUGGCGGCGGCGUUCGCCCUGCAGGAGGUGCAGCUCUACACCCUUGAGAAGUUAAUCGCUCAGCCCGCACUGAGGCAAUUGCGGCUGUCAAUUUCCCUUAUGGAGCGGGAGGUGAGACGUUUAGAAGAGGAGCUUUCCGCACUCCCGUCUUGA